CACUGCGUGCGUGCUUGAGGCGGAAGUGUUUCGGUGUUUACAGGCGGCAGAGCCUGGGGCAGGGGCGCCGGGACGGAGCCGCAGAGCCCAUGUGCCCGCAGCCCCCGCCGCCUAUGGAGGUGAUGGAGGGGCCCCUCAACCUGGCUCAUCAGCAGAGUAGAAAAGCAGACCGGUUGUUGGCAGCAGGGAAAUACGAAGAAGCAAUUUCUUGUCACAAAAAAGCAGCUGCAUACCUUUCUGAAGCCAUGAAGCUGACACAAUCUGAGCAGGCUCAAUUAUCGCUGGAAUUACAAAGGGAUAGUCACAUGAAACAGUUAUUGCUCAUCCAGGAGAGGUGGAAAAGGGCAAAGAGAGAGGAAAGGUUAAAAGCCCAACAGAAUGCAGACAAGGAUAUAGUUGCACAUCUUCAGACCUCUUAUAAACCAUCAACUGAAGAAUCUGAAGAUCACAACAUAUUGGUUCCUGUUACUCAGAAAUACAGUCCUUCUGCAAAUAAGCAUCUACAGGAAACUCAGGGUGUCUUUGACAGGGAGCCAGAUACACUAUUAUUUCUGCUUCAGAAAAGAGAGGAGCAAUUGGAAGUAUGUAUUGGGAACAAAGCUCCAAAAGAUGACAAAACAAUAAUAGAAGAGCAGGCAACCAAAAUUGCAGAUUUGAAACGGCAUGUGGAAUUUCUUGUAGCUGAAAAUGAGAGAUUAAGGAGAGAAAACAAACAGCUAAAAGCAGAAAGGAUUAGACUCCAAAAAGCUCCAGUAGAGAAGGAGUUGGAUGUAGAUGCUGAUUUUGUGGAGAAGUCAGAGUUAUGGGGCCUACAACAACAUUCAGAAACUGCUACUACUUCAGCCUCAACUUGGCAGAAGUUUGCAGCAAAUGCAGGGAAGGCUAAGGACAUUCCAAUACCCAAUCUUCCUCCCUUGGACAUUCCAUCACCUGAACUCCCUCUACUGGAGCUCUCUGAAGAUAUACUGAAAGGACUUAUGAACAGCUAAAUGAAGACCAUGAGACGUGCUCAUGAAAUGUAGUUAAGCAAAUGAGAAAAGGGAAAACCACCAGGACAAUGAUGAUCCAAGGGCAGCCAACAUCUAACACAAUCCUACUGUGCGAGAAAAGGCAUUACAGCAACUGUCACUGUGAAAUACACUUAAUCAUAGAGCUUAAGGGUACCAUAAAUUGGUAAAUGCAAGCUCUUGCAUCUUUCUCCUGACGUUUCAAACCAAAUGACUGCUUGGAAAACAUUUCAAACACAAUCCUUCAGGGUUUUGAAGUAAUGCUAUGUGUAAUAGGUAUCUAUAAUGCCAUAAACGAUGCAGAACUUAACUUAUGGUUGCCAGAUGGCUGCCACUUCCUUCCGCUUGAAAGAUGCUUUCUAUCAUGCAUUCAGAUUGUAAGCAUUUCAUUAUGCACAAUUUUGUUAAUGGAGAAGUGUAUAAGUUACACCAUAUCUAGAUGGAUCGAUGUGCCACACUCUUGUCUCCUGACAAUAUUAACCUCAGAUUAAUCAGGAGAAAUAUAUAAACUUUCUAUGGAGGAACCAAGUUAUUCGUUCUGUGGGGAAUUUUUUAGAUUUUGUUUACAUAACUAAUCAAGGUGCAUCAAAUUUAACUCUGGGUUUCUAUAUAAAAAAAUUACAUUGCUUAAAAAACCUGAGGAAAAAGUAUCCUGUUCUUCAGAGGUGCAUGAAUGGAAGUAAUGCUAGUGGGCAGUAUUUAAUUGCACAAAGGAAAUAUUUGUUUACAUCUGUAAAUCAGUCACUGAGGCUAUGAAAAUAAAAAGCUAAGUUGUAAUCAACACCGUAACAGUGGGUGAAAAUAGUCUUCACAAACAUUAAAGUGCCAGUCCAUUGAACUGUACAAUUUGUUACACUAAAAAUAGCUGGUGGUAAGGGAAAAUGGAACACAACUUCCAGCCUUUCACCUUCAGGUGCAUAUAGAGAACUUGGGGAGAGUCCAGGGGUUGUGGUGGUCUGUGAAAUGACAUUCUUGUCUGUAUAAUUUUAAGAGGUGAUGUACCUAAUGAGCAGAAACCAGAGGACACAGAUUCAAAAAUGGCUCAUUCAGUUUAAGACCAAAAGCACAAGUGCAAUGGUUUUCCAUACCUCCUCUACAGAAUGAGCUUGUGCCCAAAGCUUUAGUGCCAGCUUUCUGCUGAAGUGCAGAGAGAACACCACGGUCCUUCUUAUUCUCAGCUUCUGUGCAAAUUUUCUUCUUUCCCCAAUGCCUGGUCUGUUCUCUCCUUGAAUAGAAGGCAAGGGCUGGAGGAAAGAAAUGCAGACAAAAACACUGGAUUUGCUCAAGGAACGGGUUUGAAUUUGCUCUCAACUCAAGAAAUUUUGCUGUAUUCCUAAAGUGACAAACAAAUUCUCUAGUUCACUGACUUCUGUAUACAUAGAAAGGGGGAUGUUGGACUUCCUACUCAGAUAACUAGUUUAAAUCCAGUAGCAGUUGCAUACAUGUAAACUGAAAAGCUAGCAUGCCUUCCAAAGGUGGUGAAAUCAAACUAAUGAAUUGCACUCUGUGAACCCUCAAAUAAAUGGUACUAGAUGUUG